AUGUCGACCCCAAGAGCAACAACUUUUUGGACGCGGGACAUUCGCAGGUCUCGGAUUCAGAGCCUUCAGCGGUCCUUCACCCACCGCCUAUCCAUCUCGACUACGUCGCAGAAACCAACUAGCUGCAAUGCUGCUUCAAAGUCAGCCUUGAUGGCAUCUACGCCAUGGUCGCUAAGCCGUGAUAUGCUGUCGCGCUCAAUAUUGCCUGUUCGAUCCUACUCUCAGGGAUCUACCGUCUCUCGCCUCGCCAGGAGUGCCGUGGCCCCAGGCGCUUCAGCCGAAACCUACAUUGCAUACGGUAUGACGCAGAAGCUUUUUGAGGCUUGCUCAAUGCAGGCGGAUUAUAAGAUUCCUCAGGCGUCUCAGAAGGGUGUGGCCGUUCCGACCACCGAAUCCGGCGAACAUCUUGGCGUUGGCGACAGCUGGUGGUAUCGAGAGCUCGGCCUUGUUCCGACGUUUUCCACCUGGUCGCAAAUCACAUUCCUCCAUAUGUAUCUGUUGACGGUCCGAUUGCGCGCGCUCCCAACCCGAGAGAGCGUACAGACCUACUCUCGCCACCUGAUCGACCAUUUCUCACAUAACGCUGAACACCGCAUGGAUGUUCUUCAUGACCUGGGCAGCCGAACCAUCCGGAAUAAGUACUUGAAGGAUCUCUUUAUUCAAUGGCGUGGUAUCAUUGCCGCUUACGACGAGGGCCUGAUCAAAGGUGACGCGGUCUUGGGGGCUGCUGUCUGGAGGAACCUGUGGAAGGCGAGUGCCACGGGACCUGAUGGCCAGGAAAUUGACUGGACCAAGGUCGCGUGGGUGGUCGCCUAUAUGCGACGAGUCCUGUCUGAGAUCUCGAAGAUGGACGAGGCGGAUUUGGUCUUCAGUCUGAGUACGGGAGACUUGAAAAGCUCCGGCAUCUUUGGCUACUCUGCGCUUGAUAAGAAAAUGGCCGAGGGAACCAAGUAA